CCUUCUCGUUCCAGAGGUGCCGUGUUGUGAUUAUUUUGGUUCAAUUCGUUGACGUGUCAGUCGUCGUGUCCGUCAGUAGUGUAUUUUUUAUAGAAUAGCAGAUUGUGCCAGGGAAGUCCGCUGAGUUUUUGGAGUUUUUGAAUAUUUUUAAUAUAAUCUCUACGAUUCACAUUGUAAUUAUGUUAAAGCAUAUUAUAGCCCUAAUCGUGCUUGUCGGGGCCUGUGUAAAUGCCCAGCGGGUAGUUCCCGGUGUUAAUCCACAACACUAUCAACAACAACCCGUACAACAUCAACAACACCCACAGCAUCCACCACAAUAUCAACAACAGCAAGUACAUCCCAAUCAAUUGCCACCAGGCGUCAAUCCACAACAAUAUCAACACCAGCAGCAGGUCCAAUACCAACAGGUACCGGUACAGCAACAACAACAAGUUCACAUGCAACAACCAGUUCAACAAGUACCCGUUCAGCAAGUACCAGUUCAACAAGUUCCAGUGCAACAACAACAAGUGCCUGUACAACAACAAGUUCCUCAAGGCCAUGGUGGUCAUCAUGCCAAUCACGGUCAAGUUUUGAAUGCUGCUAAUAUUCAACAUGAAAAAGAUCACAUUCAAGAACAUUUGCACGUACCUAUUGAUACAAGCAAAAUGUCCGAAGCUGAAUUACAAUUUCACUACUUCAAAAUGCACGAUUCCGAUAAUAAUAAUAAAUUGGAUGGUUGUGAAUUGAUUAAAUCCCUUAUUCAUUGGCAUGAACAAGGAAGCAAGGAAGGACAUGAUGGUCAACAGCCUCAUGUGGAGGAAAAAAUUUUCACAGAUGAAGAACUGGUAGCUUUAAUUGAUCCCAUCUUGCAAAUGGAUGAUUCAUCGAAAGAUGGUUACAUAGAUUACCCAGAGUUUAUGAGGGCCCAACAGAAAUCGCAACAGCAACAACAACAGCAGCAGCAACAAGCACAAUCUGGUGGCCAUUAGUGUUGUUUUUAUAAUUUUUAUUAAUAUAUUUUUUUUAUUUUUUUAUAAUUAGCACUCUUCUUUAAUUAUUGUUUUCCCAUGUACUAUAUAAUAUUAUUUGUAUUUGUUCUUUUCCUCUUAAGAAUCUCCAAAAAAAAAGAAACACUCCUCCCAAUGUAUCUCUCUCUAUUUUAUGUAUGUUGACAAAACAAUUCCAAAUUGGCAUCUCCAUUUAUAAAAAAUUAUUGUUUUUUUUGUAAAAAUCUUUUACUUUACAAUUUUAAAUAAGUUAUGGUACAUUUUUCCAACUUCCUAAAAAACUGUUGAAACAAAAAUGACUGAUUAUAAAACAAAGCUCAGUUUAUAAGAACAAAGAAACCGAAGAAACAGAAAAAAUAUGCAACAACAUUGCAAAGCGAACAAAAUUAUGGUGAACAUGAAUAAAAAAACAAAACAAUUGGAAUAAAAAAAUAAAUGACAUUUUUAUGAAAAAGAAAAAAAAAACAACACAAACCAAAUUUGGAUUUUAAACAUA